AUGCGAUAUUUGGAGAUCCUGGAGCAUGAAGAGUUCACGGGAAUCAUCCUAAGCCAAACCAUCGUGACUUCGUUGCAACAACAUGAUAAGCUGCGGACGUAUCGCAAAUUGCGUCAAAUCAUCAAUGACACAAGACACAACAGCGUGGUGUUUUACAAUGAAAUCUUUGCAGCGACCCGAAUUGCACGGCUCCCAGGUGAAACGGUUACGAAACGUGAUUGGCGGGCAUUAUGCAGCAUGGCCAACUGGUACAGUCGGCACCUCGGAAAGCCCAUUGUCCUGUUAUCGGAAGUGUUUCAUCAAUCCGACUAUGAGGCUUCAUCAUCAUCAUCAUCAUCAUCACCACACAACCUUGUCUCCGUACGCACCAUGAAACAGUACAUUGAUCAAUAUUGGCCUGAUCAUUCACUCCUUCAAAGUUUGGUCCAUGUUCUUGCCGAAGCUGUUUUGGAGGACGAUCUUGAGCGCAUCAAAAUGUCAUCUAACAAAAACAAAUCGGAACCAGCCGUGUCUGGAUACACAGAGUACAAAGCUAUGGAAGAAUUAGAAGCAGGCAUCAAAUCUUCUCGUUACUUUUCUGGAAUACUCAAAUGUCGUGGUACCAAGGAUUCUGGAUAUGUGAAUGGUGGAAGUCAACUGGAUAAAGACAUUCUCAUUGUUGGACCAGAGAAUGUGAAUCGUGCAGUUCAUGGAGAUCUGGUGGUCGUGGAAUUGCUAUCUGAAAACAAUUGGACAACAGCCCCAAAUACGAUUGCUUAUGGUGGUGGCAGUGCCGAAGAUGAAUACGAAGAAAUGCGACUCACCACCAAUACUCAAAGCAUGAGACCCACCGGUCGUGUGAUUGGCAUCUUGAACCGCAAUUGGCGUUCUUACGUGGCAACCAUUCAAGAGGAUACUCCAGAAGGUGGUUCUUUCCAUCUAGCUAUUCCAUUGGACUCUGCAAUUCCCAAAAUUCGGAUUCGGCAUCAUGAUGUCAAGAUGAUCCAGAAUCAACGCAUUGUGGUGAGGAUCGACAGCUGGCCCGUUUCAUCACAAUAUCCCAAUGGCCAUUAUGUGCGUUCCCUUGGCCCUAUUCACCAACUGGAUACGGAGGUGUCAGCUAUUCUUGUCGAGCAUGGUAUAUCGGUUUCCCAAGCAUCACAAGGCUUUAGUGAAGCAUCGCUGAAAGAAAUGCCAUUGGAUGAGCCAGGUAGACCAUGGCAACCUGAAGAGAAAGAGCUUGCGAGAAGAAAAGAUUUGCGAUCCUUGACAGUAUUCAGUAUCGAUCCACCCAAUUGCCAGGAUAUUGAUGAUGCAUUGUCGGCUCGUGAUUUGGGGAAUGGCCUUAUUGAGCUUGGUGUCCAUAUUGCCGAUGUCAGCUACUUCGUAAAGGAGAAUUCAUUGACGGAUCUUGAAGCAAGGGCCAGAGGUACAACCGUAUACUUAGCUGACCGUCGCUUCGACAUGCUUCCUUCAGUGCUCAGCGAAAGAGUAUGCUCAUUGAGAGAAAAUGUGGAUCGUUAUGCUGUAUCGGUAUUGUGGACGAUGGAUAGCAAGACUUUUGAGGUGAAAAAUACUUGGUUUGGGAGGUCUAUCAUCCGCUCCAGCUGUGAAAUGGAAUAUGACCAAGCACAACAGCUUCUUGACGGGGAGCCCGUUGCCACCAAUCUCAGCCGUGAGCUAGGCAACAAACUUCGCCCAUCGAUUCAAAAAUUGGCGACGAUUCUCCGGGCCAUGAGACAAAACCGAUUAUCCAAGGGUGCACUAGAACUUGAGAGCAGCGAGGUGAAGUUCAAGAUUACAGAGAACCACAAGAUUACCGAUAUCAAUAUCCUUUUUCAUUUGAUUUCACAACAUCACGCAUUGUUCUUCAUUUUGUUGAUCCUUAACCGCUUUACAAUGAUUAUGGCCAAUGCUUAUGUCGGCAAGCGUGUUUAUGAUGGCUUCAAGGACGCUGCUAUUCUUCGACGACAUCCUCCUCCUAACUCGGGUCAAUUUGAUAUGUUGGUCAAGGCUGCAGAAAGCAGGGGCUUCUCAAUUGAUUUUUCAUCCAAUUUGGCACUCUCAAGGUCUUUGCAACAUAUCGCAGACAAAUGCCACGACGACCCUGAAAUCGCUCGUUUGAUGAAAACAAUGGCAACAAUCGCUAUGAAUGAAGCAGGGUACAUAUCCUCUGGACAUUAUCCGGUUGACCAAUACUUCCACUAUGGCCUUGCUCUCGACUUCUAUACCCAUUUUACAUCUCCUAUUCGACGAUAUGCAGAUGUCGUCGCCCAUAGGCAACUUUUGAUGUGUGUCAAUGAUGAAGUGGCGCUUGCCGAUUGUGGAACCAAGAUCUCAAGCAUGACUCAGGAUAACAAGGUCUCCGAGAUAUGCGACAACCUUAAUUUGAAAUCGAGAGAAUCGAAAUUCGCACAAAGGGAUUCCACCGAACUUUUCCAAAGCCUUUACGUCUUGCAGAAUACUGCCAAUGGUCCAUUAAUAGAGACCGGUGUCAUUGCAGAGAUCAGAUCGAAUGGAUUUUUUGUGUUUAUACCCAGGUUUGGUUUGAAAGGACCGGUGUUCCUUGUUGGUAGAGAUGGAAAGACUACAGUGCCCCUAUCCCUUCAAUCAGGCAAUAGCGAGCAUGAUGAGGAGUACUUGCCCAAUUGUGACAUUCAAGUGGAUAUGCCGACUGCCAUCACUGUAACAGCUGCCACCCUUCCAAAGCCUAUCGUCUUUAGUCUUUUCGAUCAUGUGCGUGUAUCACUCAAGUUACGCAAAUCGCAUGCCCAUCGUCACAUGGUGUACAUGACGCUGAUUGAUCUCCAGUCAUCUGAGCUACCAGCCCAAAAAAUGACAUCGAAUGAAAUGAUGCAAUCCAUUAUCACCAAUAGCAACGAAAGCAGCGUCUCUACCAGCCAACAAACCAUGCCCAAUACCACCACCAUGUCUAAACAAGAAAUUGAAGCUCGAAGGGAAUUGAAAAAGUCGACCAAGCAUCAAGGCACAAUGUACGAGUUAUUAGAGCAAUUUAGAAAGAUUUCAAUAACAGAGAAUACAAGUAAUUAA